CGGGGAAAGAAGGCAGCAGCCGUCCAGUGCCCACAGAGACGACCAUGGCCAAGGAGUGGGGCUAUGCCGACCACAACGGUCCUGACCACUGGCAUGAAUUUUUCCCGAAUGCCAAGGGGGACAACCAGUCGCCAAUCGAGUUGCAUACAAAAGACAUCAACCACGACCCUACUCUGCGGCCGUGGACAGCAUCUUAUGACCCAGGCUCUGCAAAGACCAUCCUGAACAACGGGAGGACCUGCAGGGUUGUGUUUGAUGAUACUUAUGACCGGUCAAUGCUGAGAGGCGGUCCUCUCAACGGCUCCUACCGGCUGCGCCAGUUUCAUCUCCACUGGGGCUCCUCAGAUGACCACGGCUCAGAGCACAGCGUGGAUGGAGUCAAGUACGCAGCGGAGCUUCAUCUGGUUCACUGGAAUCCGAAGUAUAACACAUACGGAGGGGCGCUGAAGCAGCCUGAUGGGAUAGCCGUGGUCGGCGUUUUUCUGAAGAUAGGACGUGAGAAAGGCGAAUUCCAGCUGUUGCUUGAUGCGUUGGACAAAAUUAAGACAAAGGGCAAGGAGGCACCUUUCAAUAACUUCGACCCGUCCUGCCUGUUCCCCGCCUGCCGGGACUACUGGACCUACCGCGGCUCCUUCACCACGCCGCCCUGCGAGGAGUGCAUCGUGUGGCUGCUGCUCAAGGAGCCCAUCACCGUGAGCUCCGACCAGGUGGCCAAGCUGCGGAACCUCUUCUCCAGCGCCGAGAACGAGCCCCCAGUGCCCCUGGUGAGGAACUGGCGCCCUCCACAGCCUAUCAAGGGCAGGGUGGUGAGAGCCUCCUUCAAAUGAGCCUCUGGAGCUUGCCCUCUUCAGGAAAGGAAGCCCACCAUGGGACAGCUCCGUUCCUCUCUCCUUUGGGUGCUCCAGACUCCACGUGUAUCUCACUUUCCACACCGAGCGGAGAAUGUGAGAGAUACCCUCACCAAGAAACCAGUUACAUCUGACACGAUUUCACAUGAAAGCAUUUGGCCUUUGUAAGAAUCAUCUUUCCUAUAAAAGUAGCACUUCUAGUAAGGUUUCAAAGAAGAAGAAACAGAGGUGGAAGAGAAAGAUAUAGAAAAAUGACUGUUGGUCACCAUUUUUCUGUCAUCUUAAAUUUCACAGUACUUCCGUUUUACUGUGUUCAUAUUGUGAGUUGUCCAUCUUAAAGAAGUAAUGAGUAGUCCUAUAUGUAGGAGUAGACGUGUAUGAAGAUCACAUAGCAGUUAAACCUAAGCCAGACAUUCAAAUGACUGUGGGCACCAAGCAUUGAGAUGAUAAUGUUUUCACUCUUAAAUAAAACAAACAAGAGGUCCAUCAUAUAUUAAAAUUUUAGCUACUGUAAAGAUUACCUGGUUUUAAUUAUCAAUGAAGAAAAACACAUUUGACCAGGAGUUUAAAAAAAAUUGACCCAGCAUUUGAAUUUCUUCUUCCUAAAGAUGGUUGACUUUUAUCCUAAUAUUUUUCUUUACCUGAAGGAGGGCCAUUUAUUUUUAAUUUUACUACUUUUAUCUUUGCAUGCUUUGUAAAAUAAAAACCACCUCUGAUGUCUUUCUAAUUUGAGGGUGGAAUUAAUGAUUCCUAGAACACACAGGGGUGAAUGAGUGUACUUGAAGUAAAAGCAGUUGUACUGAUCAUCAAAACUAAUAAAGACAUGAAUGUAAAAAGUGGAGUGUUGGGUUUUUU